AUGGCUCACGAGGAGGAGCAAGCCUUGGAAAUCGAGGCUUUGCAGUCGAUUUUCGAGGGAGAGGAGUUCAAGAGUAUUUCCGAAAAGGAGUUCGCAAUCAAGCUUCAGCCUUUCCCUGGCGGAGAAGGGGAGAACCACGUCGGCGUCGUGCUCCACGUCACGUACACAGACGCCUACCCCGACGAGCCCCCGAUAUGGGAACUCGAGGACGUUCUGGGUCUUGGUGACGAGAAGCUGGAGCAGCUGAAGGAGAAAAUAACUGAGACGAUUGAGUCGUCCAUCGGCAUGGCCAUGAUCUACUCCGUGACGGAGGCAUGCCAGGACUUUCUAAAGGAUAACAACCAGAAGGAGCUGUCUAUGCACGAGCAGAUGAUGCUGCGGCAUACAGCUGGAGAGGACGACGACGAAGAGGAGGAGGCUGAGGGCGAGGAGGAAGAAGAAGAGGAGGAGCCGGAGUGGAAGGGUUUAACGGAGAAGGCCCUCUGUCCCGAGAGCGAGCGGAUCACGGCGGAGAGUUUCGCAGCUUGGAAGGUGAAGUUCGAUGCGGAGAUGGUGGAGUGCGGGGUCCUGAAGCGAGACGAGGUGAAGUCAAGGUCAGGCAAGUUGAUUUUCAUGCAGGGCCAAGAAGGAGAGGAACGCAAGAAGGAGGAGAACGGGUAUCCCGCUGGAAAGUCCGAUGUCCUGGUGUACGAUGCUGCUUUGUUCGGCGAGGAGGACGCAGACCUUGAUGACAUCGAGGACGACUGA